CAAGUGCCGUUCAGAACAACCGCGACUUCCAACCAGAAGAGCCUUACCGUGGGUUUAAAACUGUAUAGGGUAGUGAAAUAAACUUAUUCCUCAAGCGAACGGCCGCAGCACAGGCUGUGGUAUGGUCACGCACCACGUAGGAGGUGGGCGGUUCUGUGCAACUGGGAACCAGUAACGAGCUCCGUCGGCGUUAGCCAGUCAGGCUAGCAAUGACGGUUUGGAUCACUCCUAGUUCUACCGGGCUUCGGAUAGUGUUCCGACAGACAUGAUUUUGUGGAGGCCACCCUACAAGGCCUGAUUUGAUCCGUCAGCCUUAUGUGGGUUGGGUUUUCACCUCCAAGAGUCCUGUGGCUGUCAGCUGACCAUGGUGGUCUAAACGGAGGAACCCCAGGAAGAAGCACAGUGUGUUUUCGCUCUUACCACAGCUAGGUAGGGACCAAAAGACGGAGAGAGACACGGACCAGAAGAAAGAUCAAGAAACUUGUUUAAACACACAAAAAAUGUCACGAAACAGAGAACUGGUGCUUUUCUACAUUAAGUUUAAACUGUCUCAGAGGAACUAUCCGAUCCAACACAUAUUGCCCAACGAGCCCCCGGACGGCACCGCUGCCGGGGACGUGGGGAUGGACGACGAGCAGACGUUAGAGACGCACGCUAAUGGGACUUUUAACGGGACGAGUCCAGGAUCCCCUAGGCGGCACCAGGCGGCGUCGGCGGCAACGAUGGACGCGGUGAAAGUGGCCCUGCGCGACACGGCCCGUGAGUUCGAGCUGCGCUACUCCCGCGCCUUCAACGACCUUCACAGCACGCUGCACAUCACACCGGCCACCGCCUACCAGAGCUUCGAGAACGUGAUGGACGAGGUGUUCCGGGACGGCGUCAACUGGGGCCGCAUCGUGGGGCUCUUCGCGUUUGGUGGCGCGCUGUGCGUGGAGUGCGUGGAGAAGGAGAUGAGCCACCUGGUAGCCAGGAUUGUAGAGUGGAUGACCGUCUACCUGGAUGAGCAGAUUGAACCUUGGGUGGAGAGCCAAGGAGGAUGGGAGCGCUUCGCUGAGAUCUUCGGGGGCAACGCGGCGGCAGAGAGCAGAAGAUCUCAGGAGAGCUUCAAAAACUGGCUGCUGCUGGGGAUGAGCGUGGUGACGGCCUUCAUAGCCGGGUCCAUCUUCGCCCAGAAGCGCCUGUGAGCGGAGGGGACAGCCCCCCCCGGCCGUCCAAUCACUACGCCCAACGUUAAA